AUGCAGACGUUUCGCGUGACGUGCCGAGCUGCUGCAGUCGGUGUCCUCGGUCUCCUGUGGGUCGUCACGGCUGUCUUCACCUGCCCGGAGACAUGUGAUUGUGACUCUAACGGGUGGGUCCGCUGUGACAGACGGGGGCUCACAGACGUUCCCGCCAACAUACCAUCGGAUACAGCUCGUCUCUUUCUGAGUUACAACAACAUACAGAAUCUGUCUUAUGUGGAUUUCUCAAAUCUGACCAGUUUGGUAUUCCUUUCCCUGUCCAACAAUAACAUCUCGAGUCUCCCCGCUGGAGUUUUCUCACAUCUCACCCAUGUGAAGUGGCUGGAUCUAUCUGAUAAUCAUAUAACUGAUCUCCCCGCUGGAGUUUUCUUACAUCUCAACCAUCUGGAGUGGCUGUUUCUAUCUGAUAAUCAUAUAGCUGAUCUCCCGGAUGGAGUUUUCUCACAUCUCACCAUGCUUGGGAGGCUGGAACUAUCUCAUAAUCAUAUAGCUGAUCUCCCGGAUGGAGUAUUCUCAAAUCUGACCAGUUUGGUAUGGCUUAUCCUAUCCAACAAUAUCAUCUCGAGUCUCCACGCAGAUAUCAAACACCUUUCUACCCUGACAUUCCUUGACAUAACCGGGAACCCCUGGAGGUGUGACUGUAGUUUACAUGAUAUAAUGACUUCAGUGCGCGGUUUAAUUCGCGAUAACCCUACCUGCAGCUCCCCUCCCCACAUGAAAGACGACGCACUGACCGACGUUGUGUCAGACAGGAUUUGUAACGGUCGCGGGGUCUGCACCACGGGAAGUACAGAGGGCACUUGUGCUUGUGACGUCGGCUGGACUGGAACAUACUGUGGCGAAGAAGUCAAUGUAGCCCUUGGAAAGAACGCCACGCAGAGUUCCACAAAUGGACCUCGGGGAGCCGAGAAGGCUGUGGAUGGUGAUGACACUGAGUGCGCUGAAACAAACACCGAAAAUCAGCCAUGGUGGAAGGUGGAUCUGGCAGGUUUCUACAGAGUCAGCCGGGUCAGCAUUUUGAGACGCUUCGUAUUUGUUUACCCAGGUGGAAGCGCUGCUCACGAGGGGAGAGUUGUGGUGUUCCACAAUGGCACAUGGGGAACGGUCUGUGGGUACGGCUGGGACAUCAGUGACGCAAAUGUAGUUUGCCGUCAGCUGGGCUACUCAGGUGUCUGCUGUGACCAUACCAUAGGACUUCCGAACGGCCAAAUCACUCCUAUCGACGGGGACUACUGCUCUGGAAACGACAUCCAGUUCUCUUGUUACCCUGGAUACGAGCUCGUCGGCAAGUCCAAUGCCACCUGCCAAGGGGACGGCAACUGGGACCGAGAAAUUCCGACUUGUCAACGAACAAACCAAAGCAUUGUGAUGCCGCAUUAA